AUGCAUGCAAUCCUUUGGGCUUACAUGGCCUUGGUACUUGUAAGCCCAACAUUUAGCCGCUGUUGGGCCUGUAGGCUGUACCUGAGAACGUAUUCGAUUAUUCGGCCCGCUCGAAUUGUGCGAAAACACUCCCGGAAAUACCAAAGAUUACUCUCGCACCCUUUCCCUUCGUGCUCGACUGGCUUCCCCGUUCGUCUCCCCCAGAUUUCUCACGCCAACACCGCCGAGCUCUCCCCCGGAAGGCCGGAACACGCCUCCUGGUCUCCGUCCCCGGAGGCACGCCACCUCGAAAGAAUCCCCCCUCUCCCACUCGUCGUCGUCCUCCUCCGCCCUACUGGACAGAUCCAUCCGUGCUCGGAUCGCUUCCUUCUGUUGCGUGUGGCCAUGUCUUCUUCAAUGGAGUCAUCAUACCUUCCUGCUACUACUGAGUCAAUUGCAAUGGCUCAGGAGGCUAAGGAUGCUUCAAAGUCAAUUUCGAUCCUUUACCGUGUGAUUCAAGACCCGUCUUCUUCUGCGGAUGCACUGAGAACAAAAGAACUUGCAAUUACUAACCUUACAAAUUACCUCACUGAAGAGAGCAGAGCUGAGGAGUUGCGAAACCUUUUGACCCAGCUCAGGCCGUUUUUCUCACUGAUUCCCAAGGCCAAGACUGCAAAAAUUGUCCGUGGAAUCAUUGAUGCUGUUUCCAAGAUUCCUGGAACAUCUGAUCUCCAGAUCUCGCUGUGCAAAGAGAUGGUGGAAUGGACCCGUGCAGAGAAGCGUACAUUCCUUAGGCAGCGUGUGGAGGCAAGGUUAGCGGCACUUCUGCUAGAGAAUCAAGAGUACACUGAAGCCCUGACUCUCCUGACUGGUCUUAUUAAGGAAGUCAGGAGACUUGAUGACAAGUUGCUCCUUGUGGACAUAGACCUGUUGGAGAGCAAACUCCACUUCUCUCUCAGAAACCUGCCAAAGGCCAAAGCUUCGUUGACUGCUGCAAGGACAGCGGCGAAUGCCAUCUAUGUUCCACCAGCUCAGCAGGGCACUAUUGAUCUGCAGAGUGGAAUCCUUCACGCAGAAGAAAAGGAUUACAAAACUGCUUACAGCUACUUCUUUGAAGCAUUUGAAGCUUUCAAUGCACUGGAUGACCCAAGAGCUAUCUUCAGCUUGAAGUACAUGCUCUUGUGCAAGAUAAUGGUUAACCAAGCUGAUGAUGUUGCUGGAAUAAUCUCAUCUAAGGCUAGCCUAAAAUAUGUUGGUCCGGAUGUUGAUGCUAUGAAAGCUGUAGCUGAUGCCUACUCUAAAAGAUCUCUCAAGUACUUUGAAACUGCCCUCCGCGAUUUCAAAGCCCAGCUUGAGGAGGACCCUAUUGUUCACAGGCAUCUUUCCUCUCUGUAUGAUACCCUCCUGGAGCAGAAUCUCUGCAGGUUGAUUGAGCCCUACUCGAGAGUGGAGAUUGGGCAUGUUGCACAGAUGAUUGAAUUGGCGGUUGAUGAUGUUGAGAAGAAGCUGUCGCAGAUGAUUCUAGACAAGAAAUUUGCUGGUACUCUGGAUCAAGGUGCUGGUUGCCUCAUUAUCUUUGAGGAUCAGAAGACAGAGGCCAUCUUCCCUGCUACACUGGAAACCAUUUCAAAUGUCGGAAAGGUCGUGGACAGUCUUUACAUGAGGUCGGCCAAGAUCAUGGCUUGA